UGAUGGUGAGGAUGAUUAUACAAAUCUUGCAGCAUACCGAAGGCAUUUGCGGAAACAGCUAGAUCCGCUUGAAUUACCAGAUAAAACGUUUAUUCAAAAUUUUCGACUUUCGAAGGCGCUGUUUAUUGAAAUUCUUGGCAAAAUAGCACCGUUUAUUGCCCCUAAACAUAACCGGGGAUUAUCAGCAAAGGAAAAGUUGGCGACAACUUUACGGUUUUUGGCACAAGGAUCAUACCAGCAGGGUGUUGGUAACGAUUUCAACAUGGCAAUUGGGCAAUCAACUUUUUCCGAAACAUUGGAUCAAACCCUAUCCGCGCUGGAGCGUGAACUUGCCUAUGCUAUCGACAUAAAUAUGACAGAAGACGAAAAAUCAGACGCCAGGCAAUAUUUUUAUGCAAAAUUACCCGUACCUGGUGUAGUCGCGUGCAUCGAUGGGACGCAUAUUCGGAUAGUUGCUCCUCGAGACGACCCUAUUCAUUAUAACAACAGAAAAGGAUUUUACAGUCUUAAUGUUUUAAUGAUAUGUGAUCACAGGCAAAAAAUCCGAUUUGUGGACGCAAGGUUCAGUGGGUCUGAUCAUGACUCAUAUAUAUUCAAUUCCAGCCCGAUUUCUUCAUUUUUGGAAGAAAAAUGGAGAAGCGGAGAUCAAAUGUUUAAGAUCCUGGGAGAUUCCGCUUAUCCAUCACAACCAUGGCUAAUAAAGCCGCACAGAAAUGCCGAAUCCAAUACGACUGAAGCACUAUUUAACGAACAGCAUGCCAAAGCGCGUGCCAUUGUCGAACGAACAUUCGGUGUGCUCAAAGGACGAUUUCGCUGCAUUAAUGGUGAAAGGCAGCUACACUAUGCACCGAACAAAUGAGUUCGAAUUGUUAA